UCAUGAAUAACAAUUCUGAAGAUAAGAAUACUGAAUUUUAAGAAGAGCCUAUGACAGAAGAAGAAAGACAAUUUGCUGAAGAAUUGGAUUAAAAAAUUUAGAAUGCAUAACAAAAAUUGGAUUAAUUAGGAUUAACAUAAAGUAGAUUGAAUUGGUUGUAAGAUACUAUAAAAAAGAGAUAAGAAGAAAAUCCAUUAACAGAAGAAGAAAAAAAAGAGAAAUUUUAAUAAUUGGCAGAUAAAGCUAUUGAUAUACCUACAAUUGAUAGAUAAGGCAGAAAGAUUUUUACAUUAGAAGAGACUUUAAAUAAUUAUAAUAAUGCUUGGGGAUUAUUAAAAUAUAGAGAAUUACCAAUUUGUUGGAGUAAUUUAAAGGAUAAAAUAAUAUUCACAUUACCUAUGACAUUUAUGGCUGCAUAUACUUAUGAGGCUAUGCAAUUAAAAAAGAUUAAUUUAAGUUUGAAAGAGAUGAAAUUUAAAUUAUUAAGUAGAAGUUGGGGUGUAUUCUUUAUUCUUGGAACAACUUUUUGUAUAAUAGAUUCUCUAUAUUUUGAUGAUUUUUGGUAAUAUAUUGAAAUGAUAUAAAUAUAGUGAUAUCAAAUCUUAUCAUUAUUAGACAAAUGAUAGAAAGAAAUUAGCAAGAGAAUUAAGAUCACAAUUAUUGAAUAAACCAAAUAAAAAGGAUCAAAAUUGAGAGUUGUGUAUAAUUUAAUUGUGAUGUUAAAAUAUAUUUUUAAAAAUUCAAUUACUUCCUUUCAUCUCUUAUCUAAAUAUCAAAUAAGCAUAGAUAAGAUUCGGAAUUUUUGUAUAAUAGCUCAUAUUGAUCAUGGAAAAUCAACUUUAGCAGAUAGAUUUCUUGAAAUUACAGGAACAAUAAGUAAAGGAAAACAUGAAUAAUAUUUGGAUAAAUUGGAGGUUGAAAAAGAGAGAGGAAUCACUGUUAAAGCAUAAUCAGCAGCUAUGUUUUAUACAGUUAAUGGAAUAGAGGUAAUAUAUAUAUAAAAUAGUAUGAAUUUAGUAUUUAUAUAAUUUGAUUGACACUCCUGGACAUGUUGAUUUUACAUAUGAAGUAUCACGUUCAAUGAGAGCUUGUGAAGGUGCUAUAUUAUUGAUUGAUGCAACAUAAGGUAUUCAGGCAUAAACAUUAUCUAAUUAUAUUUUGGCAAAGAAGUAGAAUUUAAAGAUUAUACCUGUAAUUAAUAAAAUAGAUAUGACAUCUGCAAAUACUGAUAGUGUAAUAUAAUAACUAGUUGAAAAAUUUGAUAUGAAUCCAAAUGAAAUAUUUAAAGUAUCUGCUAAAAAAGGAACUGGAGUUACAGAUUUAUUAAAUAAUAUUGUUACAUUGAUACCUCCUCCAUAAGAUCAUAAAGAGCUUAAAUGUUUUUUGAUUGACAGUUGGUAUGCUAGAGAUAAAGGAGUUGUAUUGUUAAUAUUAAUGAAAGGAGGUUAUCUAAAAAAAGGAGACUAAAUCUUAUCUUGUGCAUUCAAAAAGAAAUAUGAUAUUUUUGAAGUAUUAAAAUGUAUUAAAUUAGGUAGGAAUAUAAAGUCCAGAGAAUGUCCCUUAGGAAAAAUUGGAACCAGGUUAGGUAGGAUAUGUAAUAACAAAUAUGAAAGCAGCAAAUGAGGCAAGAAUAGGAGAUACAUUUAGACAUCCUCUAUCUAAAACUUUGCCUGAAGCAGGUUUUGAAUAAGUUAAACCAUUGGUUUAUUGUGGUAUUUAUCCAGAAGAUCCAGAUGAUUAUGCUGAAUUAAAUAAAUCAAUAUUCAAAUUAGCAUUGACUGAUCCAGCUGUAAUAAUACAGAAGGAGAGUUCAGCAGCAUUAGGAAAUGGAUAUAGAUGUGGUUUUCUUGGAGUUUUACAUAUGGAUGUUUUUAGAGAGAGAUUAGAAAAUGAAUAUAAUUUAAGUGUUUUAUUGACAUCACCAAGUGUUCCUUAUAAAGCAAUUUUAAGGAAUGGAAAAGAAGUAAUGGUUGAAAAUGCAAUAAUGGCACCAGAUGCAGCUAUAAUAAAACAUUAUGAAUAACCUAUGGCAAUUGCAACUAUAAUGUGUCCAGAAGAGUAUAGUGCAAUUAUAUUUUAAUUGUGUGAUGCUAGAAAUGGUAGAUUAGUUGAUUAAGAGAAAUAUGAUAAAUAAGAUAGAUUCAUUUUUAAAUUCCCUUUAAAUGAAAUCAUUUAAGAUUUAUUUGAUAAAAUAAAAAGUGCAACAAAAGGAUAUGGAUCAUUGGAAUAUGAAUUCUGUGGUUUUGAAAAAGCUAACAUUGUUAAAUUAGUAAUUCAUUUAAUGGAAGAUCCAGUGGAUGCAUUAUCAUUUAUGGUACCAGAAGAAAGAGCACAUUAAUUAGGAAAAAAGAUAUGUUAAAGAUUAAAGGAAAAUAUUCCAUAACAUUUAUUUGUUGUAUCAAUUUAAGCUAAAGUUGGUGGUAAAGUAAUAGCAGCAGAGAAAAUAGGAAGUACAGGGAAAAAUGUAACUGCAAAAUGUUAUGGAGGAGAUUAUACAAGAAAGAAAAAGUUAUUGGAUAGAUAAAAGGAAGGUAAAAAGAGAAUGAGAGAAGUUGGUAGAGUUACUGUAAGGAAAGAUACUUUCAUUAGUGUAUUCAAAGAUGAUUGA